CCGACAUCAACAUCAACGUAACCGAACUAACUAAUCUUGCUUGAAAAUUAUGUCGCGAAAAAUUUCCCAAAGGAGGAACAUUUGUUCUUGUUGUGGUUCUGCUGAUUGCAUUUAGAUGGACUUUUAAUUUUAAUUUAAUUUUCAAACUAUUACAUCAAAUUAACAUUAAACAUGCUCAUGAUCGAUAGAUAAUCUUUUUUCUUUUAAAUCUUUGUGGCCAAAACAUAUGACUGAAAAAUAGUGGAUUAAUUAUUAAGUACAGUUCAAGUGGUAUCAAAGUUCAUUUGAUUCAAGAUCAGCUAAAAUAUUUUUCAUAUAAUUUAAUAAUUAAAAAUGGAUUUUAAUGUGCUAAAAAGGUCGCGAAUGGUGCACCUGUGCUGGGCUAUGACCUUUUUCACCUCGGGAAUUAUUGUAAAUUUGAUACAGGCAAUUUUUUACUUCGGACUCAGGCCCUUCGAUAAGAGUUUGUACAGGAAAAUCAAUUGGUAUCUUUGCUACACUAUUUAUUCACAAUUGGUUUGCCUAGCAGAAUGGUGGGCCAAUGUAAAACUAAUCCUGUACAUAGACAAAAAAGAGUGGGAAAACAUAUUUCGGCAAAGAGCACGGUUAUUGUAUCAUGAAUCAUUCGUACGAAACCGAUUGGCUAAUGGGAUGGAUGGCUUGCGAAAAAAUGGGAGUUUUGGGCAACUGCAAAGCGUACGCAAAAAAAGUGAUCCAGUACAUUCCUGUUUUGGGAUGGGGCUGGAAAUUUUCCGAGUUUGUAUUCCUGGAAAGGUCCUACGAAAAAGACAAGGAAGUCAUCGAUCAGCAGAUUAGAAAGUUAGCUGAUCAUCCCGAUCCCAUGUGGUUACUUUUAUUCCCUGAAGGAACCAGAUUCACCCCGAAAAAACACCAAAUCUCUUUGGACUUUGCCAACAAAAACAACCUGCCGCAACUCAAACAUCAUCUUUUACCAAGAACCAAAGGGUUCGUUGCCAGCUUGCCGCCGAUGCGCGGCAAAGUACCCGCCAUUUACGAUACUCUCAUCGUAUUCAAAGACGACGAUCCGGUGGAACCCACCAUGACCAAUUUGCUUUUCGGCAAGCAAAUUACGGCCCAUAUGUACAUCAAGAGGGUACCGUUGGAGGAGGUACCAGACACUGAAGCUGAACAGGAACAAUAUUUGAGGGAGCUUUUUGUUAGGAAAGACAAAAUGAAAGAGAGCUUCAUUCAAACUGGGGACUUUUUCAAAAACUCCGGAGUCACUCCGGUUGAACCAUGGCCGGCACAUAGAAGGCUUUGGCCCAUAUUGAAUGUGAUUUUCUGGAUGGUCAGCAUUCUAGUGCCGUUGCUGUGCUAUCUGGUCAAAUUACUUUUUAGUGGCCAUUUGACUUACUUCAUUAUCGGCGCAGGACUUAUUUUUGCAUUUUAUAUGCUUCUCCAAAGAACCAUCGCAAUGUCCGAAACCAAGCACGGUUCUUCUUACGGUGCAAAGGUUGAGGACAAAUCGAAAAAAUCUAAAUAAUUUCCAUGGAUGUGUAGAGUUUAUUUUACUAGACUGCCUCUAAUGCUAUAAAGAACCUAGAAUUAGUAUAAAAAAAAAAACGUCUCUAGUGCAUUUUCAGAUUUAAGGUAAGUAUACCAUUUUUAAAUGUUAAAAAAAUUAUUUAUUUUGUUGUUAACUAUACUUAACAAAAACAAAGUUCUAGCAAUGUUAAAUGUUUUUUUCUUUAUUUAUAAUGUAUUAGACUAGACUAACAUGUACAUACAUACAUAUAAAUUGUUAUGGGCAAGUUUCCCUCUCUUAAAAUUUAUCAAUUUAUUAGAAUUUUCAAUAAUUUAAAAGUUAAAAAUAAUUUUUAACUUUGUACUUAAAUAUUAUGUAGAUUGAUUUUUAUUUGAUAAGGGUUAUUUUUGUUUCUAUCAAUUAAGAAAUUUAACUUUUAUUUAUAAUAAUUGAAAUUGGUUUAUUUGGAAUGGUUAGGGUGGUUUGUAUUGAAAAAAAAGACAUAAUGCUAAACUUAAAAGUGUUACCAUGUUUAUUUAUCAGACCCAAUAUUUUGUUAUUCUUUUUACAAUAAUUCUAAUAAACUUAUUGUGUUUUUUUUUUAUUAAAAAAUUAAAAUAUAUUAAAUUAGUAUUUUUUUUGCAGCUCCUUUUUUGUUAUUUGUACAUACAGGAAACAUUCACCAAUAAAUACAUUAAUUUUUCUCUUUAUACAUAAACACAAAAUAAAAUGUCAAACAGACUGAUUUCCCAUUUGACUGAGUCUCAAAAGGAAAUCUAAAAGGUGCAUUUGGACUUUAAUUUCCAAGGUGUUGGUUGUGUAAUAAAAACCAGGAACUCCAGCUUGUUCUAAUAUUCUUUGUUGUUCAGCUACCUAAAAUUAUACAGGGUGACUGGUAAGUGGACGUAUUCCUUUGAGGAGGUGAAAGUAGAACCCAUUUGCUACCGAUUAAACAUCAUUUAUCUCUAUACCAUUCUCAACGGUUUUUGAGAUAUUUUUUAUUUUUAUAUUUAAGAAAUUCACUUUUUUGGGAGGUAAAUAUUUAAAAUUAACAAAAUAAUAAGGAACAUACCUUAAUUAGGUAAAUGUUAACACCAAUAUUUGAUAACAUUUCUAUUGUAACACGUGGUAUUAAAAACAAAUCGAGUAAUUUUUUCUUCAUAUUACAAAUAAAACUUAUUUAUUUAAUAAUAAAACAAAAGACUAAUUCUGAAAUAAUGUGCCUUAUUCUAAAGACAAUUAUAUCGAGAACUUUUAUUAAUAAUUUGUACGUUUGAUGUACAAUGAAAUUUUCGAAAUUUUUAAGCAUAAAGUAACCAUUAGUUUGUAACUUGACAAGGAGAGUUAAGUUUAAACCGAAAUAAUUUAAUAGUAAAUAUUAUUGUUUCAAAAUUUUCAAUGCUAAUAUUUGUGUAAGUGUGUCAGCUUAUAAUUUAAAAAGCGACAUUUAAAAUGGCUUUUAUUAUUUUCCUUAAUUUUAAAUAUUUACCGGGCAGAGAAGCGAAUAUCUUGAAAAUUAAAAAAGAAUAAAUAUUUCAAAAACUAUUGAGAAUGGUAUAGAGACAAAGCCUUAAAGUUAAAAAUACAUAUUAUAUACAUCUACAUGUAUACAAAGUCAAAAUAAAAUGAUAUAAACAUAAACAAAUAUAACAUGAACAAAUAUAAAAAUGAACAAAUCACCUAUAAACUAUGAUCCAGUGUGUGGAACGCUCAAAAUUAAGUCAGAAAAAAGUCAUUUACUUUAUAUAAGGCUCUCUCUGAUAAAUAGGAUUUUAGAGCUAUGCGAAAUUUAGGAAGAGAUGCUAUGGACUUGAUGACUACUGGCAGAUGAUUGUGCAUUUUUUUUUGCGUUGUAUAGAAUGGAGCUCUUAAUUAACUCGGAGGAUGGAGUUGGCAGAUAAAGAUCAUGCUCCGCGUUUCUAAGUGGAUAGUUAUGCAAUGGCCUUUCUGAAAUACUGGGUAGGUGUUUGCGGAUAAGGCAGACUGAUUCUAGUAUGAAAAGGGACGGAAGUGUUAAUAUUUUAUAUUUUUUGAAAAAAUCUUGGCAAUGAGCUCUAUUUUUUAAUUUUAGGGAAUAUCUAAUAGCUCUCUUUUGUAAUUUAAAAAUACGGUCAAAUUGAGUCGCACAGCACGAGCCCCAGAAUGGAAGGGCGUAUCGAAGAUGUGAUUUGAAAAGGGCAAAGUAGACUGUUCUAGAAGUUGACAAGUUGAGUUCCUUGGAAACUGAUCUUAUCGCAAAGCAAGCGGAACUUAAUUUUUUUGAUAAAGAAUCGAUGUGCGAAUUCCAUUUUAGGGAUUUGUCUAUAAUAAGGCCCAAAAACUUUACGGAAUCAACGACGUCAAUAGUAGUAGUGUUAUUAGGUACAAUAGGUUGCAUCGUACUUCUAUAUGAUAGAACUUUUGUUUUCGCAGCGUUGAAGCAGAGGAAGUUAGAGUCGCACCAUGUUUUAAUAGCCAACAAGUCGAUGGACAUGGUUCUAUGAAGAGCUACAAUAUCCGGGUUGCUCCAAGUGAAACUAGUAUCAUCAGCAAAAAGACAGAUUUUACCGCUGAUGUCUAGACUAGCAAUAUCGUUGAUAAACAGCAAAAAUAAUAUUGGACCCAACACGGAACCCUGUGGAACUCCACAUUCUAUUGGCUUGCAUGAAGACAUCGUCGUGUCAACCCUCACAAGCUGUUUUCUGUUGUUAAGAUACGACUUGAACCAUUCCAGAGGAGAGCCUCGAAUUCCAUAAUGCUGCAAUUUGUUAAUUAGGAUAUUAUGACUUACACAGUCGAAUGCUUUAGAAAAAUCACAGAAAAUUGAUGCUGUGGAGUGCAAAUUGUUCAAGCUAGAGAAGACAUUAUUGAAGACAGAGAACAUAGCAUCAAUAGUGCAUUUCUUGGUUAAAAAUCCAAAUUGGUGGAUAGUUAGUAUAUUAUAUUUAUGCAGAAAUGAUAGAAGCCUUUUCUUAACCAAUCUUUCAAUGAUUUUGGAUAAAGUAGGAAGAAGUGCAAUUGGACGAUAGUUCGACUCUUGGUCCUUAUCACCUCCCUUGUGCAGAGGAAUAAUUAUAGCCGUCUUGAGGCAAUCUGGGAACACUCCUUGUUGAAAAGAUUUAUUUAUUAAAGCAGUGAGGAGAUUUAAUGUACACUCCGGUAAAUUGAAGAACAUUUUUAAAGUUAGUCCAUCAGUCCCAGAUGACACUUUGUUUUUUAUGUCUUUAAUUGUGCUGAAAAGCUCUAGUGUUUCUACGGGUGUUAGGAAGAAACUGUGUAAAUUCAUAUUGGUACUGGAAAGAUAUGAAAGCGGAUCGCGAGAAGGAGCUAUAGUGGUCAUUAAAUUUUUUUGUUACAUUUACAAAGUAGUUAUUCAGGUUCUCAGGGGAAGUAGAGGUUAUACUGGAAGAGAUAGCCUUAUUUCUCAAGUCGUUGACAAUAGACCACGUUUCUUUGGCAAUAUUUUCAGUUCUAGCGAACCGGUUGUUAUAAUAGGUGUCUUUGGCGGCUUUUAUAGUUUUAUGAUAAAUUUUUCUAUAGAGUUUAACGUAAUUUUGAAAGAAGAGACUGUCUGAAAAUUUUUUUAGGUGUGACAAUGAGCGCAUGUUCUUUGCCGAUGUCCGCAAGCCUUUAGUAGUCCAGGGUUUAUGUUGCUUAUUUUUGAUAGGCCUGAGGGGAAAUGCUUUGAAAGCCAAACCAGAUAAUUUAUUUGAAAAUGUUGAAAAUGCAUUAUUGAUGUCAUCAGAGAGGCAACCCCAGUCAAUUGUUUGACAUGAGCGCUUGAAAUUCAGGAAAUUUUUUUCCGAAUAAAUUCGGCGAAACUUACGUGGGGCAAUCCUGCUAUUGCUCUUUAGAGAAAAGUUUGUGAGUACUGCUUCAUGAUCUGAAAACCCUGAACUUAAGACAGUACAGUCAACAAAGCUUGGAUCAAAAGAUGACACGACGUAGUCGAUAGUGUUAGAUCUGGUUUUAGUUAUUCGGGUUGGAGAUUGAACAUGCAUGACCAUACCAAAAGAGUCAAGUAUAGACUGGAGAGAAUCUUAAGCAGCACACACACUGGAAAAAUCUAUGUUAAAGUCGCCACAUAAAAUUAAUUUACUCUUAAGAGGGAAAGACUCAAGCAAGCUUAGUAAGUUUUGAAAAAAUGUAACCAAGUCAGCGUCAGGUGUUCUGUAAAUACAAACAAUGUAGAGGUCGUAGAUAUUGUUGUAGACUAUAGAAAAUUCGAAUAAUUUUUCAGAUAAUAAAUUGUCGAACUUGGUUAUCGCCGAAAAGUUGUUAUUAGUGGACAAUAUUACAGUACCUCCAUGAGAUAGUAUACUUCUAGUAUACCUAGAUACUGUAGUGUAGUUUUUGACAAACACAGGCUCGUCAAUAUUGAGCCAAUGUUCUGUUAUGGCAAUAAUUUCUGGAAAAUGUAGGUGUUCUAAUAAUAAAUAUAAUUCAUCGGUUUUGUGCCUAAUGGACUGAAUAUUGAUGAGAAAUACACUAAGCUUGCUAUCGUUAAUUGUUUCAGAGGGUGCUUGUUCCUCUAUUCGCGUCAAGGUAUCUAAAAAUUUUUGUUAUUUGGAGAACCACCAGAAAAGUACUUAGAAUGACUCUCCCUAAUUUUUUGAAGCUGUUGGAUUUUUUCCGAAGAGAAAAACGAUCUGAAGGCAGAAAGAUCCGCUUCAACUUCAGCCGAAUCGAUGCCAUAGGCGCUGUGGAAACGAUAAUACAGCUUGCGUAAGGAAUCCACGUCACUCGGUAGGCCCUCUGAUGCUAACGCUAAUUUAAUGCUGGUGUUGGUGUAACCUUCAAAACACACAUUGGGGGGCUGGUCGUGGAGAUAGGCUAGGUAAAGCCUAAGAGUUUUUAAGAUGGAAGGGUCUCUCAAUCUAGCCAGUAGAUAGCGUCCAUUUGCUAUAUCGGAGUUUCGCGAUAUUCGCACUAUAGGUGGGGUCAUCGGGUCAAAGUUGAGCAUUGUGUCGUUAUUCACAUUUGACUCUACAAUAAUAUCAGCGGUACUUAGGUGAAUAUGAGACUUACAUGCAGCAAUGGCCUCUCUAUCGGAUCCAAUCUUGAUUGAUUUAUUCUCUGUAGGCUUUUUCUUGGAAUUGCAGUCUGGAGAAAGGCUUCGGGUCGCUGCAGUGGUUAGGUCGAUUUGUUGAAGACUUGUUGUAGAAAUAGUAUGUACAGGUGAUGUUAAAUUUGAGGGUGCUAAAGAUGACAAGGCAGUGUUUAUUGAACUACCGGGCGGCCACAUACUUAUGUCCUUCAACUGUUCAAAAUGUUUCUUGCUUUUCACGCCAAUUUUGAAUUCGGAAAGUGAACUGUCAUCAUUUUUCAGCAUGGAAAAACAACGGAUAAAGUCUGUUGUUCCAAGUUUUUCCUUAACAUAGUGAGCAAUUUGGUUUGAAGUGUAAGAGACGGGAAUUUUAGACAGAAUCAAGUAAUGCCAAUCUUCUUUUUUAAUGGUCUUAUAAGUUAUGGGUGUUUUAACUUCAACUGGAGUAGCCACUUUCUUGUGAUGCGUGUCAGUUUGUGUCGAAUUUGACUUAUUUGUCCCUAGCUGAGAGGUCUUGAUGUUGGGUUUAUCUUUAGCAGCUAAUUUUUCCAUCAUAAGUGACAUCUGAUCAAUAUUUUUACGCAAAUCACCUAUUUCCUUUAUUAAUUCAUUUUUUGAUGUAUCAUGUACCUGGAUCUUAAUAGAUUCAUCAUGAUUGUCCAUGAAAACAGAUGACAAAUUAAAAAUAUCUUGUUUCAUUUCUCUUAUAGAUUUGAAUAGAGAUUCCUGUCCAUUGUCCGAGAUUUUGGUUUGAUGGCUGUGAAUGUCGUCUAUUUUUUGGUUCAGUUGCUUCCAUACGGAGUCGUGACUACUCAAAAUGUCGUAAAUUUCUGUAAUGACAGGAAGAAGGUCAUUGUUUUUUUUAAACAGGCUCCGAGAGCUUCGACAUUUUCCAUAGAAAUCUGGGAGUUAUGUAGAUGUGUCACUUUAUCAUGCAGGUAUUUCAAUGUAGGGGAAUCACAAACACUGCAGAAGAAUCUAAUGUUGUGGUACUUCUGUUGGUAGAGGACUUUUGUAGUUGUUUUGUCCAAGCCAGUGCAGUUCAUGCAGAAAUACCGGCGACACUCACCACUACAGCGAAGAAUCGGUAGCAAAUGAGCUCUACUUUCACCUCCUCAAAGGAAUACGUC